CUGCGUCUCUUUACCUCACACAUAAGAAAAACUCCAGCUCCCCUGCCUUUCACCUCCUCAUUCUGCUCCAAAAUCUCUCCAAUUUCACGCCACAGACAAAAGAAAGCACCAACACCCAACUGGAAUUUCGUUUUUCUUCACUCUGAGCUCCCUCUAUCUCUCUCUCUUCUGCUAGGCUGCUCUUUAUUCUGAGAUUUGGGAUGGGUUACUUGCACAUGAACACUUUUGGUAUCCGAUUCUGUUUUUGGUUCAAUCGGAUUAGCUUUUGAAAUCAAACCCAGAUUCCAAAAUUCGGUCUUUCGUUUUUUUUUUUAUAUCCAUUUUUUACCAGAUUUGGAUCCGGGUAUAUAAUUUUCCUUUCUCUUUUGUGUUUGGGAUAUCUAUUCAUUUGAUUCGAAUACGUUUCUGUUCUGAUACCUAUUUGCUUUGGUGACCCAUCUCAAAUUCUCUUCAAUCGCUUUGUGGAUAGAUUAGCUUCCAGUUGGUCUUAUAUAUUCGAUCCUUGAGAGAGAGCAUAGUGGGUAGCUAGCUAUUGGUUUCCGAUGGCUGCGGCUAAGAACAGUGGCAAAUCCAAGAAGGGUGUUGAUGAAUCACGCAUGAUGGCCAGAGAUUGGGAGAUUGACAAAGGUAAGGAUUUUGAUUUUAGCUCCGAGAGGCGGCGAUGGAAGCCGGUUUUUGAUGAAGCGUCCAUGUCCAAUAGGCCUCUCAAGAAGAUCCGAAGCCCGGAAAGUCAAGACCCAAUUCAGUCCUCUGCUUCUUUCGCUCACCAAGCACCUCCUCCCUUCUCAAUUCCAAGUUCUGCAUCUCCUACUUCUCUCUAUCCUCCUCCUCUUUCAAGAAUCGUGUUUCCUUUUGCUUUUGACGGGUCUCAACAACAACAUUUGCAGCUUCCCCACCAAUUUAGUACCACAGCUCUGCCUAUGUACCGCCCAGCACAGCUGCAAGCACCACGAAACCAGCAGGAGAUGAUUUCUUUUGCUUCAAAUCAACAACAUGGCAUUGCUUAUCCCCCAUUCUUGAGCGGAGAAGCGGUGCAAAAUCAGCAACAACAGCAGCAGCAGCUUCUUCAGUAUUGGAGUGAUACGCUGAAUUUAAGCCCAAGAGGAAGGAUGAUGAUGAUGAAUGGUUUGGGGCCGGACGGCAGGCCGUUGUUUAGGCCUCCGGUGCAGCCUCUAAACACGACCAAGCUUUACAGGGGAGUGAGGCAACGACAUUGGGGCAAAUGGGUCGCUGAAAUCCGCCUCCCUCGCAAUAGGACUCGCCUUUGGCUCGGCACUUUCGACACGGCUGAAGACGCCGCCAUGGCGUAUGAUCGCGAGGCCUUCAAGUUGAGAGGAGAGAAUGCUAGGCUCAAUUUCCCUGAGCUCUUUCUCAAUAAGGAUAAAGCAGAGUCCACAGCUCCAAAUUCAACUCCCUCUUCUCCCCCAACUCCACAUGAAAGUUCAAGGCUAAGUCAGUACUCGAAGCAACCUGAACAAGCUCCAGAAGGCCCUAAUUUGCAGCCUUUAGAUAUGGAGAUGAUGCCACCACCACCAACGCCACGGCCACCGCCACAGACCCGAGAAGAUAAUCCCGACAGUGAUUCGGGAUUCGGGUCGAGCGAGGCCACAGUGAGUGAUGAAGUUCAGGCAGUUGCGGCAGGUGCUGAUGUAGGAGAAGGUAUUUCACAGUCACAGGAACUGGUAUGGGGAGAAAUGCAAGAGGCAUGGUUCAAUGCAAUUGCAGCAGGAGGUUUUGGGCCGGGUAGUCCUGUGUGGGAUGAUUUGGACACCACCAAUAAUCUUCUGCUGCAGUCACAACUUCCCUUUGGUAAUCAAAAUUAUCAACAGGAAUUCAAUGAUCCUGAUUUUCACAGGCAGCAAGGGAACUUAGGCUUAACAUCCUCCUCAUCAUCAUCUUGUCCUAUGAAGCCCUUCUUUUGGAAGGAAUCGAAGGAUCAAGAUUGAAAGGUUGGAGAGUUUAAGUCCACCUUUCCUUCUCACUGGUUGCACAUUUUUCACAAAACAACCCGUGAUUCCAAUAACCAUAUAUUAGGAUCUUUGAAGCUUCAAAAUUCAAACACUCUUUGGCUUUGACUUCUUCUGAACUACUAAACACUUCCUCCCAAAACCCCAAUUAUUCCUUAGAUUCUCAUCCUCCAUUCCAUCUGCUGCAAAAGGCUGCAUAUUUUUCCCGGCCUUUCAGCAGUGACAGCACAGCUCAUUCCUCAUGGGCCAUGCCUUUUGUUCCUAGUGGAAGUAGUAUCAUAUCAUAUAUGUCUGUAGACUGUAGGAAGCACGUUUUAGCUUAUUAUGUUGUUAUGGACAUGGAGACAUGCAUGGAGUACUUGUAGUUGAUCUAGUGCUAGACCAGCGCAGGAGGAGACGGUUUUGUGAUCUCCUUCAACUGGUCGGUCCAUCAGGAGCUUUGUUUUUCAGCUCCCAGGAUGGAAGCAAUUUGUGAUAUUGUACAUUGUGCAGUUUUUUCAGUAAUAGUUGUAAUGAUAGACCAAGCAAUUUGCAGCA